CUCCUCAAAAAGACAAUCCCCCAAAGAAAAACAGCAAAAUGCCCGCCCUCCUCGAAGAUCCAACAACCCACAUCCCCCCCCCCCUCCCUCCCCAAAUCUCUCAUUCCCAUCUCCAUCCCCAAAACCCUCCGCGACGGUACCAAAAUCACCCUCUACCCCAUAACCACCGGCCCAUCUUCCCUCCCUCCUCCCUAACCCACUACCUACACGAACAAUUCUCCCUCGAGAUCGAAAAAGGAUGUACUUAUCCCAUGGAAUCGCCCAUGGAGUAUGACCUCUAUCGGAGUUAUUGGUUUGGGACGUUUGCCGUUGUUGCGGUUGUGGAUGAGGAUCAAACCCAAGAUGAUGGGUUACGGGAGGGCAGAAACUGGGAGGAAUGUUGUUUGGGGACGUUUUAUGUGAAGCCGAAUUAUCCGGGACGUUGUUCGCAUGUUUGCAACGGGGGGUUCUUCACCACCCCCGCAGCACGGAAUCGGGGUGUGGGACGAGUCAUGGGGGAGGGGUAUUUGGAGGUGGCGCCGAAGUUGGGCUACAAAUACUCCGUCUUCAACCUUGUCUUUGAGAAUAAUGUGGCCUCGGUCAAAAUCUGGGAGAAGCUCGGGUUCCAAACCAUUGGCCGGGUGCCUGGCGCUGCUCGUUUGGCCAAUAGCCCCGACCUGGUAGAUGCUCUCAUCAUUGGAAGAUCACUUGUUUAGGACCACUGGUUAUCGCUGGUAACGCUCAAUGAAUCAAUUCAUACAAAGACAGAUAGAUUACCCGCCAAAUACAGACCAGUCAGACUCCGCUAAAUCAAUGCGAGUGGGGAAUCAAUCUA